AAUUAUGAAGGAUAGUUUCCUUCGUGUUAAGUUCUAAUUUAGUAACUAGAGAGAAUAAUAUUAAACAGGAACAAUUUGUACACUGAAGAGUCUUCGUUUAUAUUUUCUACAGAAAAUGUAUUGCAUUUUUUUGUUACAACUAUGGGUACUUAGUAAUUACCUACAGUAUACAUAUGAAAAAAUUGAUCAAACAAAACGUACCUAUGGAAAGUAUAAUCAUUGAGUAUAACUGACUACAAGGUAUAUCUAAAUAAAAAAGAAACAAUUUUCUACAAUAAAGUGUAUUGAUUUUAUACCCUUAAUUUCACAGUAUCCAUCGAUCAAUUCGAAAGUACCGCGAAAAUAUUAUGCGUCUGGGCACGCUUAGAUUCUUACUAAGGUUCGGCAUGCUUCGGAUACGCGUCAGUAAACUAACGUGAACGAUGAGAAGCAGAAGUUAUUAAUUCGUAAAUUAAUUUAAGUCAUAUACUUCAUUUUUAUUUAUACUUAUUUAUUUAUUCUGUGAAAUACAAAUUCUCGUUUCGUUUAAAGAUUAAUUGAUCAAAGAUGUUCCACACUUUGGAGACUUUUGAUACAGAAUUCUCAGCUGAUUCCAUUGAAUGGUGCCCAUCAAAUUCUCACAAAACUAUAUUUGUAUGUGGAACAUACCAAUUAAUGAAAGAUGAGGAAUCACCUGUAAAUACAUCACAGUCGAGACGUUUGGGACAAAUCUAUAUGUUUAAAAUCAACGAAAAUGGAUGUCUAACAUUAUUACAGAAGUUAGAAGUACCUGCUGUCUUAGAUAUGAAAUGGGCACACAUGUGUCAGAAUAGAGUCUUACUAGGAGUUGUAAAUUCCUUAGGAUAUCUGCAAAUAUAUCAAUUGAAAAAUGACAAGGAAAAGGAGAAUUUGGAAUUACUAACAGAAGAAAAAGUUGCAAGCGAUAGAGAAGUUCUUGCAUUAUCUCUAGAUUGGUGUAGCGGAAGAUGGAUAGAUAAUAAUGAAUCAAAUCUAAACGUAAUAGUCAGUGAUUCGAAAGGUUUUAUAACAUUAUUUAAAAUUAAUGAAAAUGACUUAGUUGUUAUUAAUUCUUGGUCUGCACACAAAUUCGAAGCCUGGAUCACAGCUUUCGAUUAUUGGGAUACAAAUGUCAUCUACAGCGGCGGUGAUGAUUGUAAAUUUCAACGAUUCGACACAAGAAUGGAAACUAAUCCUACCGCGAUAAACAAAACUCACGGUGCAGGCGUUACAAGUUUGCACAGCAAUGCGUCAAAAGAAUUUGUUCUGGCAUCGGGAAGCUACGACGAAUCGUUGAGAUUAUGGGACGUAAGGAACAUUAAAAGACCAAUUUCGGAGACCAGCCUCGGUGGUGGCGUUUGGCGUUUGAAAUGGGAUCCUUUCGCGCGGAAUUAUUUGCUCGCUGCUUGUAUGUAUGGCGGGUUCCGAAUUGUGGACUGCGAAAACGUAGAAACACCGUCUGUCAUUGGCGAAUACAAUGAGCACGAAAGUCUAGCGUACGGAUGCGAUUGGUCCUUUUUGAAGAGCGCAGAAAUUACACAACGAAUGCAUAAAACGGAAGUGCAAAACGUUUAUUUGAUCAGUACUUGUUCCUUUUACGAUCACAUUUUAAAAUUGUCCGCGGUGCAUUUGAAAACCGACUGAACAAACAUAAACAAUAAAAAG